AUGUCGGACUCCGAUUUUGACACGAUCAGGAAGCUGCAAGCUGAGCGGAAUGCCGCUUCUGCUGGUAAGAAGGGAUCAAAGACAUUUGAUCCGUCAAGUCAGCGAACUGAUGUCUCCACGAAGGCCUCCCUGACCGAAAGCUUCGACACGUCCCUUUACGAGCGCGACGGAGGGGACAAAUUUGCAGGCUACAACACAUCUAUAGCUGUGGCAGAUGGCGAUGAUGAUGACGCUAUGGAGGAAGACACGAGCAGGCGGCUGGUCGGUCAAUAUACAGCUUCGAAGGAGCAGAUGAAUGAAUUCGCCCACGGCAACGGAGUCGAGGAGGAGGACAUCCUUUUAGGCAGAGAGAAGAGUGCACGUAUCAUAGAUCGUGAGACUGAAUACCAGAAGCGACGUUUCAACCGAGCUCUAACUCCAACGAGGGCGGACCCUUUCGCUGCGAAUGGAGCGGCUGAGGAUGGAGAGAGCUAUCGGGAGAUUAUGGCAAGAAGGGAAUUUGAGAGGGAAGAGGAACGGGUCAAAAGGGCGAUCGAGGAGAAAGCAGCAAAUGGCGAGACGGCUCCCCACGUAGCUACGCUGACGAAAGAAGACAGUGGCUCUCCAAGCGACAAGGACAAUAAGGAUGCCGGAUCCACAGAUGUCGUCCCUGCUGGCCGCAAGAGAAAGCAGAGAUGGGAUGUUGCUUCGGAAUCUGCUGAUGCCGCUGCUCAGUCUGCAGAGUCGAAAAUCAAACGCUCACGAUGGGAUCAGACACCUGCCAUUGGUGGCGCACCCGUUGAUGAGACCCCUCGACGGCGGUCAAGAUGGGAUCAAGCACCCGCUGCCACGCCUAUUGGCAAUCAAGGGUUAGUUACACCGAUGCACCCUUCGCAAAUGGGAGGUCCGGUGAUGCCAACAGCCUUUGGUACCGAUAUCUCGAUGCGCAACGCUCCACUUUCAGACGAGGAGCUGGACAUGAUGUUGCCUAGCGAGGGAUACAAGAUUCUUGAGCCGCCUCCUGGAUAUGCCCCCAUUCGCACCAUCGCCCAGAAACUCAUGGCCACUCCAGCUCCAGCUGGAGGUGCUUCCGGCUUUGGAGGCUUCAUGAUGCAGGAUCCGGAAAGUGGCAGGGCCCUCGGAAAGCAGCUGCCAACUGAAAUACCCGGAGUAGGAGAUCUCCAAUUCUUCAAAGCAGAAGAUAUGGCUUAUUUCGGCAAGCUUACCGACGGAAGCGAUGAGAACGAAAUGACUGUAGAGGAGUUGAAACAGCGAAAAAUUCUCAGACUCUUGCUAAAGGUCAAAAAUGGCACCCCACCGAUGAGAAAGACCGCUCUUCGUCAGCUCACCGAUAAUGCCCGCCAGUUUGGUGCUGGCCCUCUUUUCAAGGAAAUUCUACCACUUUUAUUCGAACGGUCCCUAGAAGAUCAGGAGCGACAUCUACUGGUCAAAGUCAUCGACCGCGUUCUUUAUAAACUUGAUGAACUGGUUAGACCCCACGUCCACCAGAUCUUGGUUGUCAUUGAACCACUCUUGAUCGACCAAGAUUAUUAUGCACGGAUGGAAGGUCAAGAAAUCAUCUCCAACCUUAGCAAAGCCGCUGGUCUCGCUCACAUGAUCAGCACCAUGCGACCUGAUAUUGAUCAUGUCGAUGAGAACGUACGCAACACUACCGCAAGAGCUUUCGCUGUCGUUGCCAAGGCUCUUGGCAUUCCUGCCCUUCUUCCCUUUUUGCGAGCAGUAUGUAGAAGCAAGAAGUCCUGGCAGGCACGACAUACUGGCUGCAGAGUCAUUCAACAGAUUCCGAUCAUGAUGGGCUGUGCUGUUCUGCCACACCUCAAAGGCCUCGUCGACUGCAUCGGCAUUUGCCUCCAAGAUGACCAAAGCAAAGUGAGAACACAGGCAAGCUUGUCUAUUGCAGCACUAGCUGAAGCAGCUCACCCAUAUGGUAUCGAGAGUUUCGACGAUAUCUUGAAACCCCUCUGGAUUGGGGCAAGGAAGCAACGAGGCAAGGGUUUGGCAGCUUUCCUGAAAGCCGUUGGAUUUGUUAUUCCCUUGAUGGACGAGGAGUAUGCAAAUUAUUACACCAGCCAGAUCAUGGAGAUUCUGCUUCGCGAGUUCUCAUCUCCAGAUGAGGAGAUGAAGAAAAUUGUGCUCAAGGUGGUUUCUCAGUGUGCAAGUACAGAUGGUGUCACAGCUGGCUACCUAAAGCAGCACGUCUUGGACGAGUUCUUCCAAAGUUUUUGGGUUCGACGAAUGGCCCUGGACAAGCGCAACUACAGACAGGUUGUCGACACUACCGUUGAUCUUGGUCAAAAGGUUGGCGUCAGUGAAAUUGUUGAGCGGAUCGUCAACAAUUUGAAGGAUGAGAGUGAAGCUUAUCGGAAGAUGACAGUGGAGACGGUGGAGAAAGUCAUUGCCAGCCUGGGUGCUGCAGAUAUUGGAGAGCGACUGGAGGAACGACUGAUUGACGGCAUUCUCUAUUCCUUCCAAGAACAAAGCGUUGAGGAUAUUGUGAUGCUCAAUGGCUUCGGCACGGUUGUAAAUGCCUUAGGGGCCCGAUGUAAGCCUUAUAUUCCCCAGCUCGUCAGUACAAUUUUGUGGCGCUUAAACAACAAGUCCGCAACUGUGCGACAGCAAGCCGCCGACUUGAUUUCGCGCAUUGCCAUGGUCAUGAAGCAAUGUGGCGAAGAUGCCCUGAUGGGCAAACUUGGUAUCGUCCUCUACGAAUACCUUGGAGAAGAGUAUCCGGAGGUUCUCGGUUCAAUUCUGGGCGCUCUCCGCUCCAUCGUCACAGUUGUUGGCAUCAACCAGAUGCAACCACCGAUCAAGGAUUUACUUCCCCGCCUUACACCCAUUUUGCGAAAUCGGCACGAAAAGGUGCAGGAAAACACGAUUGACUUGGUUGGCCGUAUCGCGGAUCGCGGUCCAGAAAGUGUCAACGCUAGAGAGUGGAUGAGAAUUUGUUUCGAACUCCUCGACAUGCUUAAGGCUCACAAGAAGGGAAUUCGUCGAGCUGCCAACAACACUUUCGGAUUCAUUGCGAAAGCAAUUGGACCACAGGACGUGCUCGCGACGCUGCUGAAUAAUUUGCGAGUUCAAGAGAGACAAUCGCGGGUUUGCACUGCUGUGGCGAUUGGCAUUGUUGCGGAAACAUGUGCACCCUUCACUGUCCUUCCCGCCCUCAUGAACGAAUAUCGAGUACCUGAGCUGAACGUCCAGAAUGGCGUUCUGAAAUCACUCUCCUUCCUCUUCGAAUACAUUGGCGAAAUGGCAAAGGAUUAUGUCUAUGCAGUCACGCCUCUGCUUGAGGACGCCUUAAUUGACCGGGACCAGGUUCAUCGUCAAACUGCAAGCGCUGUCGUGAAGCACGUUGCACUGGGCGUGGUUGGUCUUGGUUGUGAGGAUGCAAUGCUUCACUUACUGAACUUGCUGUGGCCCAACCUCUUUGAGACCAGUCCUCAUGUCAUCGAUCGGGUUCUUGAAGCCGUAGAUGCAAUCAGGAUGGCUAUUGGACCGGGUCUGGUCAUGAACUAUGUUUGGGCUGGACUUUUCCACCCAGCACGAAAGGUUCGCGUUCCAUAUUGGCGAAUUUACAAUUCUGCAUACACCCAAAGUGCGGAUUCGAUGGUCCCAUUUUACCCCGACUUGGACGACGAGCAAAUGGUGAGACACGAGCUGGCAAUUGUUAUUUAA